GAAAGUGAGUAAGGGAUGAAACCACAGAAAAGCCACAGGAUAUUGAUAGUGACAAUCAAACCAACUCAUCUGAAAAUCACUGACUCUGAUCUCAUGGUUUGUUUAUACGGAAGUUUCAGUACCACCAAACUUACAGUGUCUCAACGGUGCAAAGAUGAAACACUAAUGACACGCCAAUUGAGCUCAGAAAAGCCUCUGCUAGAUCAGUCUCAGAGUAUCAAUGUCUGACAAACUGCUGAUGAAUGACUCCUCAAGCUCCAACAACACGACCAUCUACCCCAGCGAAGGCAUGCGCAUUCUGCAGAUGAUCGUGAUCGUAAUGAUCUUCAUCGUGGGUGUUUCUCUAAACGUUCUGGUGAUCUGGGCGCUGGGGGUUCGAGUUUGGUGGCGCAAUAGGGGAUCAACCAGAGAGGCGCAGAGUGCCGACAGCUUCCGGAUCUAUGUAGUUAACCUGGCGCUUGCAGACUUGGUGCUGCUGUUACGCACACCACUAAUGCUGCCGUACCUGGUGAACCACUUCACUUGGACAUUGGGGGAAACCGUAUGUAAGCUGGUCAUUUACCUGCCCUACCUCGGAUUGUACGCGAGCGCAUUCUUUCUCUGCACCAUUGCAGUGGAGCGCAGCUUGUGUCUCCUUAAACCAGUUUGGGCACGAAUGAAGCGCCCUCGUUGGGCCGUGCCGUUGGCCUGCACUGCAAUAUGGCUGUUAGCGGCAUUCUUCGCUUCACCCUACUUUCGCACAGGCAAAAUCAUUCUCUGGCAGAACCAUAUGGCCUGCAUAGAAAGCGAUAUGGGAGUAGGACAAGCCUUAAUAGUUGUAGAAACCUUGGCAGGAUUCUUGCUACUGCUGGUGAUCUUCUUGUCAUGCAGUAUCGCUGUGAUUUUUUGCACAAAGAAGGCCGAAAGUGCAAUGACUUCCACUACCUCGUCAUCUGGACCAGGUAACACAUCUCAGCGGCUGACCCGUCUCUAUUGGGUCCUCUUUCUCACCGUGAUCAUCUUCCUAACCUGCUGGGUGCCUUACUUCACCUGCCGCUUCUUAAGGGCUCUCUCACAUGACCAGCCGAAGCUCAAAGAAAGAGUGAUUGCAGGCGCUUACGUGGCGCUAUUUCUAGUUUACAUAAAGAGCGUGCUCACCCCCAUCCUGUACGUGAUCGCAACUCCUAUAAAAUGUGCUUGUUUUAACUUUUGCCAUGAUACUGUAGUAUGAAGUGGAAAUGAGUCAAAACUGAGACGUGGCAUCGAUCCCCGAUACUACAUGAUACAGAUGAUCAUUUCAAGAGCGCUGAUGUCUAGACUUAUAAAUCAUGACAUUUUGACAGAAAAAUUAAAGUCACCUUGAAAUCAAAACGGACUUCUUGUUUUUUAUGGUAUACUGAAGUA